GCAACUGGAAUGGACAAGGAGGAAAUGGCAGACCAAGGUUUAAUUGGAGGAAUGCUAUAUGCCAUCAUUGUGCGUUGAAAGGGCAUACCUUAAAGUUUUGCCUGAUGCGAAGGGUAGAUGAGAUAAAUGGUCUUAUCUCAACGAACAUGGGCGGGGAUGUUUAUGAUAAAUAUGGAAAUUAUAUUGACCCCAAGAUUCCUGGUGGUAUGCGAGACGAGGCGCUUCGUCAAGCCGAACAAGGUCCGCCACCACCGGCUAUGUUUCGACUCUGGCAGGAGGAAGAAGUAAGGCCAAUGAUAAAGAUAGAAGAAUUGGCCAAUGAUGAAUCCGAUAAGGAGACCAGGGAGGAUGAGCCAGUGGUGGUAGAAGUUGAGAAAGAGGAGGAGCCAUAUUGCCAGAAAAGGGCGAGUGAGACCAUGGAGCGAAUGGAAGACCUCAUGGAGAAAAUGCAGAGGUUGAACUUGAAAAUGAGGACCAUUUGCGAUGAAGUGGCGAAACCAAUGGUUUUCCUAUUAGGCCCAGAGACGGGGUCGUCAAGUGUUAAACCGGCUUGUAAGACCUUGGGAUCAACCCCACGAUCAGGCAUUGCAUUUCGUCAGCCUCGGGGACAACCUACGGUCCCACAAGCCGUGUGCACAAGGAGCCGCGGCCGCGGACUUGUCCGCAGAUGGCCACCGCCGAGGGGGAUUCGUAGGUUGAGGAAGCUUGUGAGGAAGGAUCAAGAGUGGGAAUGGGAUGAGAAGCGGGAAGGAGUGGUAAGUGGUUUGAAAAGAGAGUUUAGAGAAGGUGGUUUGGUGUUGGGAGUUCUUAACUUCGAAGCAACGCCAAAACAUCCUUUCAUCGUGGAGAUCGAUGCCGGGCCUACAACCUUGGGCGGCAUUCUGAUCCAAGCUGAUGUAAAUGGCGAGGAGAGGCCUUUGAGGUUCGAGAGUCGAACCUUGAAUGGCACUGAGAGAAACUACUCACAGUUCAAGCGGGAGACACUUGCAGUUUUCCACUGUCUAAGGGUGUUCCGCAACUACCUUUUCGGAAGGAGGUUUGUGCUGAGAGUGGAUCCGACCGCAUUGGCCGACUCAUUGAAGAACUAUGCACCGUCAGACCCAACUAUUGCCAGGUGGCUUACGUUUGUGUGGAUGUUUGACUUUCAAUUGGAGCGCAUACCUGGGAAUAAGAAUCGAUCUGACAGGCUUAGUUGGAUCAAUUGGGAUAAGUCCGGCGAUGGAGUUAAUGAGGAUAUACCUCCGGUAGACGCAUUCCUCGAUGAGGAGGAGGAUGUGAAGCUCCAUAUCAAUGCGCAUGCUGUUGGGGUCAAUGGAGUCAUUGUGCAAGGGCAGUCUGCCUUUCUCGCUCCUGCAAGGUACGUGAAGCGAGCGGAUAUAGUCCUCAAGGACUUUGUGGAGAAGGAUCCUUGGGAGGGAAGGAGGUUGAGUGGAUGGCAAAGCUUGCAUUGGCAGAGACCUUCCGGGAAGUGGAGCUUACUCACUCGACGCGCACGCGAAGAGGACCAACCUCAAUCAAAGUCGGCGAUAGAGGAUGGUGAGCGAGGAGUGAUGGAGCAUGUGAGGAGACUCACGCAGACCGAGGUUGCACGAGGAGAGGUGCUCCAGGAUGUGGUACAGAGGGUAGGUGCUCUGGAACAGGAGAACAGAGGACCGAGGGACAUGGUACAUGACCUCGUCACCAGCGCAGAGCAGGCAAGACAGUCUACCUCGAGACUCGAGCAGAGGAUUACUGACCUAGAGGAGAGUCAAAGGUAUCAGGCCACGACAGGUCUAGUCGACGAGAGGAGGACUGAGAGGCAGCAGAUUCCUAUCGGACACGCACAUGUCGCUCAUGAUGUAGAGCCAGGUGGAGUGAGAUUGGAUAUCCCACGGCGAGACUCGCCGACGGAGGAGCCACUCGGGGCUAUGGGGAUGACAUGUGAGGAGGUUGCAGUCGUCUACAAGCUCAUGCUUGAGCCAGACGAGAUCGAGAGGAGGAGAGAGGCGGAGGCACGUGGUAUGGACUGGGUUCCUCCCUCAGAGUUGGUUGUUCAGAGGGAUGCAUGGAGAGAGAUGGAUGGUAGACACGACGAGCGAGAGAGGGUUUGGGAGUCUCGAGAUGUCAUGCCACAACAGGACACGUGCAGAUCAGCGACGGUACUGCCGAUGACUCUGCCACUUACACCAGCUCCAGCUUUAGGGCCGAUGGACAAUAUAGUGCACCUCCUUUCGUCUGGGACUUAGAGAUGUGAUGAGGAGGUGACGAUUGAGAGGGUUUCGAGGAUGUUGAGCCCUGAUACGAUGGAUAGAGCCGUACAG